AUGUCCAAACAGUCUAUACCCAAACAUUUUCCGGCUGAUUGUCUGUGUCCAUCCUUAUUUUUUUGCUUGUCUAUGUCCAAACACUUGCUUGUCUAUGUCCAAACAUUGUCUGUCCAUCCCUUGUCUAUGUCCAAACACUUUCCGGCUAUCAGUCUAUACCCAAACAUUUUCCAUCCGUUGCUGAUUGUCUGUGUCCAUCCUGAUUUUGUUAUCCUUUUUUGGUUUUGUCUAUGUCAAACACUUUCCGGCUAUCAGUCUAUACCCAAACAUUUUCCGGCUGAUUGUCUGUGUCCAUCCUUAUUUUGGUUGCUUGUCUAUGUCCAAACACUUUCCGGCUAUCAGUCUAUACCCAAACAUUUUCCGGCUGAUUGUCUGUGUCCAUCCUUAUUUUGGUUGCUUGUCUAUGUCCAAACACUUUCCGGCUAUCAGUCUAUACCCAAACAUUUUCCGGCUGAUUGUCUGUGUCCAUCCUUAUUUUGGUUGCUUGUCUAUGUCCAAACACUUUCCGGCUAUCAGUCUAUACCCAAACAUUUUCUGAUUGUUUGGUCCAUCCUGAUUUUGUGUUUGUCUAUGUCCAUCAGUCUAUACCCAAACAUUUUGGCUGAUUGUCUUCCAUCCUUAUUUUGGUUGCUUGUCUAUGUCCAAACACUUUCCGGCUAUCAGUCUAUACCCAAACAUUUUCGGCUGAUUGUCUGUGUCCAUCCUUAUUUUGGUUGCUUGUGUAUGUCCAAACACUUUCCGGCUAUCAGUCUAUACCCAAACAUUUUCCGGCUGAUUGCCUGUGUCCAUCCUUAUUUUGGUUGCUUGUCUAUGUCCAAACACUUUCCGGCUAUCAGUCUAUACCCAAACAUUUUCCGGCUGAUUGUCUGUGUCCAUCCUUAUUUUGGUUGCUUGUCUAUGUCCAAACACUUUCCGGCUAUCAGUCUAUACCCAAACAUUUUCCGGCUGAUUUGUCCAUCCUUAUUUGAUUUACUUGUCUAUGUCCAAACAUCCUUAGUUUUGGUUGAUUGUCUGUGUCCAUCCUUAUUUUGGUUGCUUGUCUGUGUCCAAACACUCCGGCUAUCAGUCUACCCAAACAUUUUCGGCUGA